CAAAAAAGAUGAUGAAAAAAGAGGAGAAGGAAGCAAUGAUGAUGAUAAUGGUGACAAUGAUGAGAUUGAUAAUUUUGUUUGAUAAUAAACAAUGAAACUACAUGUGACUUUACAUUAUAUAUCUAAACUAAUUUGAACACACCUAAAACAGUAAUUUAAUCUAUUUAUACACGCAAGUCUUACGACCUGUGAAUGGAUCUACUAAGCGACCUAAGCCACCAAAGUCAGGAAGAAAGAGGCAAAAAAAGCACCGCUGUGGCCAUAUGAAAGGUUUACACAAUCCAAAGGAUUGCGAACGAUACAUCAAGUACCUAUUGGGAGAACGCCAACGUCAGUUUGAAGUAGACCCAAGAAUAUGGCGUAAUCCGCCAAGGAUUGCCCCUAGAGGGCGCUAUUAUCACAAGCGAGACAAGACAGUCGACUAUGAAUCAGAGGAAGAUGAUGCUGAUGUACAGUCAGAACCUCCGCAAAGACGGCCACAAACAGCUGUUUCUUCCUCUGGGUAUGGAAGGCCAAGUACAUCAAAAACUCCAUCAAAGCCAACUUACGAAAAAAGAUUUCCUUCUGGACAACCUACGGAUCAGCAAUUGUACUAUGACACAAAAGUCAGGCAACUGAAAUCUCCAGAUCAGAGAGAAAAAGAUGAAGAAAAAAAGAAAAAGGAGAGAAAAAAGAAGAAGCGAGAGCGAUCAAAGAAAAGAGAUAAAACGGAACAAAACACUACAAAGAAAUAUCCUAGUGAGGCUCAAGAUUCUGAGGACAAUUCAUUGGAAAAGAAGGAAGGUAAUUCCAAAGAGAAAGAACAUAGUGAAUAUAAAAAUAAUACUGAAGAAAAUGUUGAAUCACAGAAAAGAGAAAUCCGCAAGAAACCAAGUAGGACUGUAAAGAAAGAUAGCCCUAGAAGAGAAUCGAUCAAAAACUCUAAAGGAAAAGCAAAUCCAAAGGAAGAUGGUAAUACAAAACAGGUAAAGUCUCGACGAAGAUCAAUUAAGAAAGACAAAUCUCCAAAAGAGCUUGAAAAGGAGGCUUUGAAUGAGAACAAGGAUGCAGAUAGUAGAGCUAUUGAAACAGUUAAACAGAACAAUGACCAUGAAAACGCUUUAGACAAGGAUGAAAUCACACCUGCCUUUAAUGAUCAACCUUCAGAUGAGGAACCAGUUGAUAAUACAACAGAAUUUAACAGCCAAGUUCAGAUAUUUGUUGGAGAGGAACCAGACGAAGACUUUGAUAAGGAGGAGGAGGAUGAACUAGGGGAAUUUAUGUUUGAAAACAGAUUACGGCAGCAAAAACCAGACGAUACUAUCUCUGUAUACUCAUCAUUCUCUGUUGAUAUGGCGAUUACAAAGACGCCAGCACCAUCAGAGCUGGAAUACUAAUACUUUAAGUCUGUGGUAUUCCUAGAUUUAUGAUCUUAACCAGAAUAUAAUAUUUUUUAAGCAAAAAUUGCAACACUAAAAGAAAUGAAAGUUGAUGGUUUCGUCAAUUGUGUGUGCCACCUCUGAUUGAAUGGAACACAUCACAUUUAGCUGUAGCUUCACCUGAAAUUUGUUAUUCUCAGAAUAUUUACCUUUGCCAUUGUAUUCAUCCACUGUCUGUCUGUUCAUCACCUUUACACAGUUAAUAUUUAGAAGUACAGUUAACCUUGCCUAAGUCAACAUUUCCUAACUCGAAUAAUUUCUAAGUUGAUUUUAUUUUAGGCCCAAAAAAAAAAAAAAAAAAAUUUUGUGUAGGCCAAUCUAAAAUAUCUGUAGGAAAAUUUUUACUUAAACCAAAAAUGUGUUUCCGCUUAAAAAAAUAGCAAAUACACAGGUAAUACAACAAUUUUGAAUUUGUAUCGCAUCCAUGCAACAAAAUAGGUUAGGCCUUGCCCCCCCUAGCUAGUCUAGUCCAAGGCAAUUCUGACCUUAUUAGCUCAUUAAAAAACAAAUAUUGUUCCUUGUAGUCAAAAAAAAAAAAAAAAAAACAUCUAAAAUGCCAACCCUGACUUUUGUAAAAUUUAAUUCGGUCGGGCGUGGCCAACACAAUAAUUUUUUUUAUUUGGCCUUACAUGCGAAAUUGUUGGGUUUUCCAUUAAUUAAGAAUCUGUAAGUCGAAUCUUAUCUUAGUCGAACAGUUUUUCAAUGCACUUUUGAAUUUGACUUAGGCAAGUUCAACUGUAUAUAUGUAUAUAUAUAUAUAUAUAUUAAAUAUAUAUACCUCACACCAAGUCUAAUAUAUUUGUAUUAAAAUAUGUUUAUUAGCCACUUCUUUUAUUUGUUUGCUUGGAAUAAUAACUAUGGUAAUACAGCUAUUUAUACUUUAUUACUGAUUCAUAUCUUCAAUUAAGUCAAAUAUUACCUUGUUUGUUAGCACUGAAAAAAUUCAUACCUUUUGUUUUUCAAAAAGGCCUUCUCGCAUCAGGUACAUCCUGGGGUAGUUUGACAUGUUUUUCUAAGUAAACAUUAUUGAAAUGAGUAAAUUGUGAUAUGUAAUUUUUAAAAUAUAAUUAAUAAUUUUACCAUCAUGUUUUAUCAUUUAAAAAUGAAUGUAAAUAAUCUAAUUUGUAUUUAAAUUUCAAAUUCUUUCAAAAAAACAUGUAAUUUAAAAAUUGCUAAAAUAUUAAAUAAUUAAAUAAUCUCUGGAUAUAUUUUCUAGUUAACAUGUUUAUUCAUAUAAGGCAUCUCAGUCCAGUAAUUAUGCACAAAAUGUUCAAGUUAUAGGUAUUGAUUUAGUACCAAGAUAUUUUCUAGAUAUUUUUUAUUGUCUCAUAAGAUGGAAGAUAAUUUUGAACAUAAAAAAAAUAGCUAAAUUACAAAAGCUAAGGGAUUUCUAAAAAAAUGUUACAGAUACAUUUACAUAUUUGAAAAUCAUAUUUUGUAAAGCAAAAUAUAUUUGAAGGUAAUCCCUGAAUGUUACACUACAUAAAGUGACGUUUUUAAAAAUUUGGAAUAAGACGGCAUCAAAUGUUUUAUUAAUUAAAUUCUUUGUCUAAUGAGAUCAUUAAUUUGAGCCCACAAUUAUUCUUCUGUAUUUGGAAAAUCUAAGUAUCCUGAAUACUAUCGUAUAAUUCGCUAGUGUGUUGUUGGUAUCAUAUACAGUAUGCUUGAUCGCAGUGCAGGUAUCAAAAUAUUAAAUGUUUUCAUUUCAGUUAUUGAUUUCUUAUAUGAUAGAAUAUUUAAGUGGCUGUUUAGGAAUUGAUCGUCAUGGAAAUGAAAGAGGUUACAUCAACUCUGUUGCAAUAUAUUUCUCAUUGACUUUUGACUUUUAUUUCUUUAUAGAAAUAUGUAUUAAACAAUUUUUUGUUAUUGUCUGGUUGAGAAAUUUGAUUGUCCAUAUUUACCAUAAUAUGAUAAUGAGGCAGACAUAGAUAUGUUAAUAAUAGCUGUUCUAUUACUUAUUAUUUACUUAUUAUUAUUAUUUGCUUUUGCGGCAAAGAUAAGCUUAAAGGCUGCUUUACAAUAGGCGAAUUUAUAUGUGUUAUUCAAAAGCAUCGAUUCAAUUCCUGAACUCUGAUGUUUGUGCAUUUUUUCACUUCGCAAAAAGUAGGAACAGUUCGAAAUACUGAUUUCGCUGAAGGAAAAACAUGUAUAGAAAUGUGAAUGGGCAUAAACCAACACUUUUGAUUAAUGCAAAUAAAUUUGCCUAGUGGAAAACAGUCUCUAAGCUCAAUACUGUACACUAUAACACAUUCCACAUGGAAAAUGUUUGGUAGGCAGAUUUGAAGCGCCAUGAGCAUCGGUCUCAAGAUGUGCUAUAAUAAGGUGGUCAUUUAUCAUUAUAUCUUUACACUCUGUCCAUGCUAUUAUUCUCUAAUAAAUGGUCUAUAAGGUGUAUGCAACAAAUAUCUGUAAUUGGCCCAUAUAAGUUUGUGAUGACAUCACCAUGUCCGUAUAUGCGAAAAUUAUAGAUAUUUGUCACAUAAAACUAGUGAGCACAAGACCACAUUUCCAUCUUGAUAUACUAUUGUUUUGGAUGCAGAAAUAAAAUAGUGGUCAAAUGUC